AUUUAUCGUACUGUGCAAAAAUAGUACGGAUUUUGUAACUCUGAUUACAAAUUCGACCGGCAAUAUACGACUUUAACACCCGCAUAAUGUAAUGUAUCAUGUAUGAUACCAUGUGUUGAGUCUCUAGCAUUCUUAUGGAUAGUUGAGAUAGUGGUUAUCACCAUUGGAAAAUCGAGUUAAUACCUCACGAAAGAUUUGCUUCCUUUUUGGCUAGCGUGAGGACGUACGACGACGUACGGCUAGCUACGGGACCACCACACCCAGAGAAAUUGUGACGGCUCACGCACGGCCGACCGACUAGCCAGCACACUGACCGAGGACUAUCGCGCCCCAGGCGUAGGGGACUUAUGUUAUGGAGUUAGAAAAUAUUGUGGCCAACACUGUUUAUUUGAAAGCACGUGAAGGUGGAGGAGGUAAAAGGAAGGGACGGAGCAAGAAGUGGAAGCAAAUUCUUAAAUUCCCUCAUAUUUCAUUGUGUCAGGACCUCAGGGAAACUAUAGAUAGAAAUUUUAACAGUAUAUGUGAAGAACAGCCCAUUGGAUGUGCACUAUUCAGAAAUUUUUGUCAUAAAAAUGAGUAUUACCAGAGAGCUAUCAAUUUCUUGGAUGCAGUUAGAGACUAUGAAGUUGCCCAGCCGGAAGACAGACUUGCUCUCUGCAAUGAAAUUUACAGCAAAUACGUCUAUGCAGAUUCUCCUGAGAGGCUACAACAAGUCACAAAUGAACAGACCGAGGCAUGCCAGGAGGCACUCGAAAACUCCCCAAGCAAAGAAAUCUUCACCGAAUGCAGGACAGGGGUGAGAGAAUACCUUAAGGGGGAGCCCUUCACAGAAUUCCAAAACAGUAUGUUCUUUGAUCGGUUAUUACAGUGGAAAUGGUUAGAAAGUCAAGCUGUGACGAAGAAUACUUUCCGGCAGUACAGAGUUUUGGGGAAGGGAGGUUUUGGUGAGGUAUGCGCGUGUCAAGUGAGGGCGACAGGCAAGAUGUAUGCAUGCAAAAAGCUGGAGAAGAAACGGAUUAAGAAGAGGAAGGGGGAAGUGAUGGCACUCAACGAGAAAUUGCUCCUGCAAAAAGUCAACAGCAGAUUCGUUGUCAGCUUAGCCUACGCAUAUGAGACGAAGGACGCCCUCUGUCUGGUCUUGACUAUUAUGAAUGGCGGAGAUCUAAAGUUCCACAUCCAUAAUCUCGGCUCCCCGGGCUUCGAGGAGGAGCGGGCGAGGUUCUACGCCGCUGAGAUCACCUGCGGAUUGGAACAUCUUCAUCAACAUCAUUUUGUGUACAGAGAUAUGAAGCCAGAGAAUAUCUUACUGGAUGACCACGGCCAUGUAAGAAUUUCAGAUCUGGGAUUGGCUGUUGAGAUUCCAGAGGGUGAAUCCAUCCGCGGUAGAGUAGGAACAGUCGGCUACAUGGCCCCUGAGGUGGUGAAGAACGAGAGAUACACCUUCAGUCCUGACUAUUGGGGUCUUGGGUGCAUCAUUUAUGAAAUGAUUGAAGGAAGGGCGCCGUUCCGAGCCAGGAAGGAGAAAGUAAAGAGGGAGGAAGUGGAUCGGAGGGUUAAAGAAGACGAAGAAAAAUACUCACCAAAAUUCAGUGAAGAGGCCAAAGAAAUAUGCAGAAAGUUACUUCAGAAAGACGUUGAUGAUAGACUCGGAUUCAAGAACGGCUCAGCCCAAGAGGUCAAAGACCAACCGUUCUUUGAAACGAUCAACUUAGUAAGACUGGAAGCUGGCAAGGUGGACCCACCAUUUGUGCCCGAUCCGAAAGCAGUGUAUGCCAAAGAUGUUCUGGACAUCGAACAGUUCUCAACGGUCAAGGGGGUCAACUUGGACCAGAACGAUGAUAAAUUCUACAGUAAAUUCAACACAGGCAGUGUUACAAUUCCUUGGCAAAUGGAGAUGGUGGAAACGGAGGUCUACAAGGAGUUAAACUACUUUGGGCCAGACUACACGAGGACUCCAGACCUACUUCUUGAUCAGCCACCUCCACCUCCAAGGGAAGGGUUCUUCAGGAGAAUUUUUAAAUUAAAGUGCCCUUGUUCGUCAUCGGGGGCAGACCAGGAAUAAGACUGCAUCUGGAUUGUGUGUGUGCGACAAGAGGCAAGACAACCAACAAACGGGAAAAUCAACAGCUCGACAAAAAACAUCAUGAGGAGAUUACCUAGACUUAUAACAAGAAGCAACCAAUUACCACUUGACUGAUGAGUACAGAGACGGGUGAUCAUGAUGUACAUCCAAGACGUCUGGAAGACCUUGACUUGUGUUAAAAAAAAAUACCUUAAUAAAUGAAUAAACUGACGUUGAAGUAAGACGCCUUGUAUUGUUAACGACCGAACGAAGAAAGAAGAAGAAAAAAACUAGAAACUUGUAUGUAUAAAAACAAAAAAUCUUUUCCUAAAAAAAAAAAACCAACACCAUAAAAUAUAGUUAUCAAGAGCUAAAAAAAAAAAAACUCACUGAAGAAAAAAUAUUAAAAAAUUUGUUUAGAAACAUAUGUAUGUACAAAGGAAUCUUGCCACAAUGUUUGGUUAUUUGUGUAUUUGAGGCAAAAAUAAAAGGUUUUUGCAUUAAAAAAAAUAUAUAUUUCAUGUGGACAGCAAGUAGUGGAAGUAACUAUAAUGAUUAAUGUUAUAUAUAUGCAUAAUGUACAAGAUUUUAAAAAGGGGGAAACCCCUUUUUUUUCCGAGAUUGUAAUGAGGUCAUAGCUGUAAGAUGUGUAGCUUUGUGGGUUAUUAGAAUGAUGAAUCUAUUGUUCGUUGUCAUCAUUGUCUUCGUCGUUUCUCCGUUUAGAUUCCUUGGAUACCAAUAUUUGCACUGGUCCCCAACUCUUUAUGUACGACUUUUUUUCACCAGAUUUCUACUUGUGAUCUUGGCUGGUACCCCACUGGCCAGCACUGGUUUCUCUUUGUAUCACAAAAAAAAUAAAAAUAUCUAAAACAGUGUAAGUGUUUAUGUUCAGAGGUUUAUAAUACUGGAACAGACGCAAGAUUUUUUUAAAGGAAGCUCUUUAUUGUAAAUGCUAGCAAUUAUAUGUCUAAUACUUCUCCUUUUUAUAGAGUCCUGUCUGCUUUUUAACAUUUCAAGUACAAAACACUAAAAAAAAAACUCUGACGUACAUUGUCAUUUCGGAGUCAGUUUUAGGGGCAGUCAAAUCUGUAAGCCUGACUGAGAACUGAACUGAAAGAGUUCACCCAAGCACAAUCUUAUAACAUGUUCAUCACGUGAUUAGAAAAACACACC